CGCCAUCCGGGUGCGUAAACGGCAGAGAUUGCCUGGUCCAGUGGGUCGCCUUUCAUUCCUCCAACGUCGCUGAGUCUCACGUCUUGCUACGCCCGGGGAUACCUCGUCGCGGCGUGAUCAUUUGAACCUCGUUCAACGACCACCUCAUAGCCUGACGUCUUGCGUACAUUCCAUAUUCCUGUUUUCAUUCCGACGGUGCUGCAGUUCCGUUCCCAGACGUUAAACACCGAAAGAUGUCCAACGCCACGUACGAACCGGAAUCGGCUGUCGAGGCCUCACAGAUCCACGCUCUCAAACAGCGCGUGCGUCACCGCAGCAUAGGCGACGGCAAGUCCACAUACUUUGGCAAGUACGUGUCGCAAGAGGGCUCCGAAAAACUGCGCACGUACGAGUAUCACGGCGCUGAUAACUCGCUGGUGUACAAACACGUGCUGACCCCCAUGAAUAACUUCUUGGUGGAACUUUUGCCACUCUGGUUGGCGCCCAAUCUCAUCACUCUUAUCGGACUCAUACUCGUGGGCGGUUCGCACACUCUGUUCGUGUUCUUGUGCCCGUUUCUGGAGGGCGACGCUCCCUGGUGGGCCAUGGCGGUCGCGGCCGUCGCGCUCUUCGGGUACCAGACGCUCGACAAUUUGGACGGCAAACAGGCGCGCCGCACCAAAUCAUCGUCGCCUCUAGGUCUGCUAUUCGACCACGGAUGCGAUGCUCUGAACGUGUCGGUAGGCACUAUGACUAUGGCCAGUAUUCUGCAGAUGGGAACGACGUGGAGGACGCUGGGAUUCGUGUUGAGUGGCCACUUUGUCUUCAUCUUUGCCACGUGGGAAGAGUACUACUCUGGAUCGUUGGAGCUUCCGCUCAUUAACGGGCCGACGGAAGGAAUUCUCAUUGGAAUCGCGUUGAAGUUGUUCACUGCGGUGGUUGGGGUCGAUUUCUGGAACCAGGAAAUGAUUGAAGGCGUGCAGAACAACUCGCUCUUUGUCAUCGUGACGAUGAUCAGCUCGUGUUUCACUCUUCUGGUCAAUGUGAGGAAUGCGCUGCAUGCCGUGCGUUUGAACCAGGACUCGGUUCUUGUGGCUUUCACGCGUCUGUUGCCGUUCGUCAUCCUCAACACGCUCGCUGGACUUUGGGCGUUGUACUCGCCCUCGGACAUUUUUUCGACGCACCCGCGGAUGUUCCUGUGGAUGCUCGGACUGCUGAACAGCAAGCUAGUGCUGCACUUGAUGCUGGCUCACUUGUGUGGGGAGGAGUAUCAUCCGUUUCGCAAAACGCUUGUGCCGAUCUUUUAUGUCGCUGGACACUGCGCCUUCUGCAUGCUCGAAGGCAUCUACGACGCCAUCAACGAAGAACUUAUUGUGCGUGAGUUCUUCUUCCUCUCCCUUGCUGCGUACGUGCACAUCGUCAUCACCGUCGUGUGGGAGGUCAAGAACGUACUGGGCGUCUCGGUAUUUACGAUCCCUCACAGUUUGAAGCCCAAGUCCAAGACCAGCAGCAAGCCAGCAGCAAAGUCAUCGUAAUUUGCUGUUGACCACCGCUUGUGUUCCCUAUACGUUCAAUAAAGCUAAGAGGAGCAAGUUUGGAGGAUUCAAAUUCAUUCUUGAAAAUGGAUUUUGUUUUUUUUCCUCUUACCAAGAUAGUUUUCAUAUACAAUUGGCACGACCGAGGAUGUCCAGCUUAACUAUAUUUGCCUCCCGGUGUCAUUCUGUUAUGGUAGAAAUCCCAGUAGCCCUGGUAGCGAGGAUCUUUGAUGUCUUGGGGUUUUUUGCCUGUAAAAAUCCACCAGUUGUAUUUUGCCA